GCGGCGCCUCCGCUUCCACAAGACGCGCGAGGAGCACGAAGACCCCGGCGAUGGUGACAGCAGCGGUGACAGCAGCGGUGACAGUGACAACAGCGGUGACAGCAGUGACAGCCGAGCCCCCCGCGGCCCCGCGGCGUUCCGGGCGGCUCUGCGGGAGCUGUCGCGGUCCCCCCCGGGCCGCGGGGGCCGCCUGGCGCUGGUGGAGGCGGCGCUGGCGGCGAUGCCGGCGCUGGGCGUGGAGCGCAGUGUGGCCGCUUACAACGGGCUCCUGGGGCUCCUUCCCCGCGGGCCMUGGGUGCCCCGGGGGCCCGUGCAGCGCCUGCUGUUCCCCUUCCCGCGGCAGCAGGAGUGCGGCCUGCAGGUGCUGGAGCAGAUGGAGCGAUACGGUGUCACCCCCGAUGCCGACACGCGUUUCCUGCUGCUGGCGGUGUUCGGCCCGCGCAGCCGCCCCGUUCGGAAGGUGCAGCGGAUGAUGUUUUGGCUGCCGCGAUUUCGUCACCUGGACCCGCACCCUCUGCCUGUCCCUCUGCCACCCCCCGGGGUGGCCAUGGCCCAGCUGGGGCUGCGCCGCAUCGCCGGGGACCCCGGGGCCACCGUCACCGUCAUGCAG